AUGGCGCCGCCGCCGGAGACCGCGCCCGCGAGCGCAUCCGCCGCGGCCACGCAGCACCGCGGCGGCAUCCCGGACGAGAUCAUCAUCUGGGAGAUCGUGCCCCGCCUUCCAGCGAGGGCCCUCCUCCGCUGCCGCGCCGUCUGCCGCUCCUGGCGCAAGGCCCUCACCUCCAAGUCCAACUCCGACCUCCUCCUCGCGCACCACCGCCUCCAGCCGUCCCUCCCCAUCGCCUCCUGCUUCCAGCUCGCCCGCCACGACCUCCGCGCCGUCGCGCUCGCGCCCCGCUCCGCCGCGCUGGCGCCCGUCUCCACGCUCCGCCACCCCACCCUCCAGGUCAGGGCCUCCUGCGACGGCCUCCUCGUCCUCUCCCUCAGCCCCGCUAACUACUACGUCUGCAACCCGGCCACCAGGCAGUGGCUUCUCCAGCCCUUCUUCCCGCACUUCCUCGGGUUCUACCCCCACCGCCCUUCCGGCGAGUACAGGAUACUCCACGGCACCGGCCCGCCCAGCCGGAACCGUAAAGCCUCCUACUCCGUCUUCACCGUGGGGUCUCGGAAGCCGAGGGGCAUCGGCCGCCCGGCGGCGUCUUCCUCCGAAGAGAAAGCGCUGGCGGAGGGCAUUGUCAAGACCGCCCCUGACCGCCCCUCCAUCCUGCUCCACGAAAGCCUGCAUUUUUACCCUGUCAAAAAGAAGGACAUCACCGGUAGCAGCAACAUGGUAAUGGUGUUCAGCACCACGGCCGAGUCCUUCCGGUGGAUGACCGCGCCCCCGGAUGAUGUUCUGGCCUCCGCCACCUUGUUCGAGAUGGACGGCAAGCUCGGCCUCUCCAGCGUCAGUGAUGACAUGACACAAGUCGACAUCCGCGUGCUGCAGGACUAUGGCAGCGAGGUGUGGGAAUUCAAGCUCAGGCUGAAAUUGCCGGCCGUGGAGAUGAACCUCUCGGCCGCGCGGCGCAGUUUCAUAGAGGUGGUUGUGAGUGAGGACGGCGGCGUGCUGGUCUCCAAUUUCAGCCGGAUUGCUCAUGCUGACGCUGAGGGCACGUUGUUGUCGGAUUUCCAGUAUCCUGAACAGAGCCUGAUGAUUGUUCCGUAUAAGCUCAAAAAAAGCCUUCUCCGUCAUGCAUUCUUCCCCAGUCGAGACGCUGAAGAUGCCAAUGCUUCGCUUUCACCUUUUAUGUGAUGACUGUUAGCAAUACUGAUGCCAUUUCAAAAGCAGCACUGACCGGGUGAUGAGCUUGCUCCAAUUAUUUGGCCAGAGCCUUGGUUUAUCAUCAAUCUGUUGAUCCCAACAUGACCGUGAACCAAUGACUAAAGACUAUAACUCCUUUU